UAGCCUUUUCAUAUUGUUAAGCAACAAAGCUGAGGACAAGAUAGUGUGAAUUAUCUCUUAACCCAAUGGAUCCUUGUGAGCUUAAGCCAACAAUAUCUCAAGCACAUCCCGAGACUAUGGACUUCCUUUCUAGUGCUUGGUGCAACUUUGCUGUUCAAGCUUUCCAGCCUGAGCUACAAGACCAAUCACUCAUUCUCCACGAUAGCUCGAUCAAGAAACUCGAUAAUGAUACAAAACCACCUUUUCUGAAACUGGACAAGAGCAUGAAGAUGGAUGAUACCGACAAUUUUGUACCCCCAUGGAAAUCCAAUGAUGUAAAAUCAUGGAUAUGGAUGCAACAAGCAAUGCAUCCAGAAUUGAACUAUAACAGCUAUUUCAAGAAGAAAUGGAUGCCAUGGAAAAUUGGGCAACAAUUUAAGAAUGUGUCUAUCAAGAAAUGGCUCAAAGAAAUUAAGCAGCGGAGCAAAGAUGAUAAGAGGCUGCAGAGAGCUGAAGUACAUGCAGCAGUAUCAGUGGCAGGUCUAGCUGCAGCUUUAGCUGCCAUAGCUGCUGAAAAUUCAUCAAAACUUGAUGAUAAUCCAAUCAACGCCACCAAGGACACCGCCGUGGCAUCGGCGGCUGCGCUGGUUGCUGCUCAGUGUGCCAAAAUGGCAGAAGCAAUGGGAGCAAAGAAAGAGCAACUCAGAAGUGUGAUAGGCUCCGCCAUGACUGGCACAAGUACCAGUGACAUCCUAACACUUACCGCUGCUGCUACAACUUCACUUAGAGGAGCUGCAACGCUUAAAGUCAGGGCAGGGUACAAGAACAAGCUGAUUAACGGAGGUGCACCAGUGCUACCAAUUGAGGAUCUCAAUUUUGACUUUGAAAAUUGCAGAUCAAUUAUAGCCAAAGGUGCCGAGCUUAAUGUCGAGACCCCAGAUGGAAGGAAUGUCUUGAGGUCAGUCUCAGUCAUCCUCAAUGGUGAAUCCAAGGUUAUUCUCAGAAUAAGGAAGCUUAAUCUACUGAAUGCCUUUGCAAGAACGCAUGAAAGCGUUGUGCUAGAUCUGCAUGUCGAAUUGUACAAGGAUUCAGAAGCUGGAGAAAAUGAUAAUACUUGCUAUCUCCUGGUAUUAACGACAAACAAAGGAAUGAUCAAGCUAGACAUGAUGGAUGACUAUAAGGGAUUCGAGACAUGGUCAAUUACUAUUAAUCAGAUGCUGAUGCUAUCCACCUCAUUCACAAAAUAUGAGCUGCAAUUUUACAAACACUGAAGUUGGCAUAAGUUUUGGUUUCUUAUAUCAGCAUAUUUCUACCUGAAACAUGUUAUGUAAUUACCUCAGACAAUAUAUAUCGUACCUUGUCAUGUUUUGUAAUUACUGGCAAUAGGGAACUUGGGAGUGAUUUGGAUCAUCCAAAGUUUUUAUUCUUGUCUUUGAAUAAUGUACUAUUUGUGAUCCAUUGAACUGUAUUCCUUACCUUCUGGUAAGUAUGCCAAUGUUCUUUUUCUUCUUGAAUCCUG